CUGCCCAUCCGCCCCGCCCCUAGACGCACGUCCGCUCGCCCGGCGCCCGAGCUAGUCCGCGCGCGCGCCGUCUGCGCCCCGAAAGCCCCGCCCCAAGGCGCGCGCCCGCCCAGCGCUCUCCACGUGCUCGCUGGAGGGCGGUGCAAGGGGCCGAGCCGACAAGAUGUUCUUGAUGCCUCUUCCGGCUGCGGGGCGAGUCGUCGUCCGACGUCUGGCCGUGAGACGUUUCGGGAGCCGGAGUCUCUCCACCGCAGACAUGACGAAGGGCCUUGUUUUAGGAAUCUAUUCCAAAGAAAAAGAAGAUGAUGUGCCACAGUUCACAAGUGCAGGAGAGAAUUUUGAUAAAUUGAUAGCUGGAAAGCUGAGAGAGACUUUGAACAUAUCUGGACCACCUCUGAAGGCAGGCAAGACUCGAACCUUUUAUGGUCUGCAUCAGGACUUCCCCAGCGUGGUGCUAGUUGGCCUCGGCAAAAAGGCAGCUGGAAUCGACGAACAGGAAAACUGGCAUGAAGGCAAAGAAAACAUCAGAGCUGCUGUUGCAGCGGGGUGCAGGCAGAUUCAAGACCUGGAGCUCUCUUCUGUGGAGGUGGAUCCCUGUGGAGACGCUCAGGCUGCUGCAGAGGGAGCGGUGCUUGGUCUCUAUGAAUACGAUGACCUAAAGCAAAAAAAGAAGAUGGCCGUGUCGGCGAAGCUCUAUGGAAGUGGGGAUCAGGAGGCCUGGCAGAAAGGAGUCCUGUUUGCUUCUGGGCAGAACUUGGCACGCCAAUUGAUGGAGACGCCAGCCAAUGAGAUGACGCCAACCAGAUUUGCCGAAAUUAUUGAGAAGAAUCUCAAAAGUGCUAGUAGUAAAACCGAGGUCCAUAUCAGACCCAAGUCUUGGAUUGAGGAACAGGCAAUGGGAUCAUUCCUCAGUGUGGCCAAAGGAUCUGACGAGCCCCCAGUCUUCUUGGAAAUUCACUACAAAGGCAGCCCCAAUGCAAAUGAACCACCCCUGGUGUUUGUUGGGAAAGGAAUUACCUUUGACAGUGGUGGUAUCUCCAUCAAGGCUUCUGCAAAUAUGGACCUCAUGAGGGCUGACAUGGGAGGAGCUGCAACUAUAUGCUCAGCCAUCGUGUCUGCUGCAAAGCUUAAUUUGCCCAUUAAUAUUAUAGGUCUGGCCCCUCUUUGUGAAAAUAUGCCCAGCGGCAAGGCCAACAAGCCGGGGGAUGUUGUUAGAGCCAAGAAUGGGAAGACAAUCCAGGUUGAUAACACUGAUGCUGAGGGGAGGCUCAUACUGGCUGAUGCGCUCUGUUACGCACACACGUUUAACCCGAAGGUCAUCCUCAAUGCCGCCACCUUAACAGGUGCCAUGGAUGUAGCUUUGGGAUCAGGUGCCACUGGAGUCUUUACCAAUUCGUCCUGGCUCUGGAACAAACUCUUCGAGGCCAGCAUUGAAACAGGGGACCGUGUCUGGAGGAUGCCUCUCUUUGAACAUUAUACAAGACAGGUUGUAGAUUGCCAGCUUGCUGAUGUUAACAACAUUGGAAAAUACAGAUCUGCGGGAGCAUGUACAGCUGCAGCAUUCCUGAAAGAAUUUGUGACUCAUCCUAAGUGGGCACAUUUAGACAUAGCAGGUGUGAUGACCAACAAAGAUGAGGUUCCGUAUCUACGGAAAGGCAUGACCGGGAGGCCCACGAGGACUCUCAUUGAAUUCUUACUUCGUUUCAGUCAAGACAAUGCUUAGUUCAGAUACUCAAAAAUGUCUUCACUCUGUGUUAAAUUGGACAGUUGAAUUUAAAAGGUUUUUGAAUAAAUGGAUGAAAAUCUUUUAACAGAGACAAAGGAUGGUAUUUAAAAAUGUAGAACACAAUGAAAUUUGUAUGCCUUGAUUUUUUUUUUCAUUUUACACAAAGAUUUAUAAAGGUAAAGUUAAUAUCUUACUUGAUAAGGAUUUUUAAGAUACUCUAUAAAUGAUUAAAAUUUUUAGAACUUCCUAAUCACUUUUCAGAGUAUAUGUUUUUAAUUGAGAAGCAAAAUUGUACCUCAGAUUUGUGAUGCUAGGAACAUGAGCAAACUGAAAAUUAUUAUGCACUUGUCAGAAACAAUAAAUCCAACUUGUUAUGCUCUC